AAAGGAUUUGAUACGUGUAUUUACCAAAUAUAAUGAAAACGAAAUAGACACACACUCCGUCACAUGCGAUGAAGGUGAAGUUUUUGAUUCAAAUCAACAAACAUGCGUCUUGUUGUUGUGUUCAGAAGGGCUUGAGCUUGUUGAGAAUCAAUGUGUUCUUUUAACUUGCCCUGCCUGGGUUCUACAAAUCAAUGUCAGCUCUAGCAUGGAUCAAAAUUCUAACUUCAAAAGCAGUAUGAAAUGUCUUCGUCAGUAUUUUAAGUUCGCUCUUUCACACGAAUUGUCACUACUAACUUUUGCAGAAAACGAUAAAUUUCAACAGUUUCAAUUCGAAGUACGAAUCAGCCUAGAUUACUCAUUGUUACAUAGUUAUCUCUCAUAUUUAUUUAAACUUAAUGUGCAGGAGAAACUUUGUAAUGUGACAUCUAUGGAAGUUGAUCAGUUUUGCGAUUAUUACGGUAAACCAGAUAAUUGCAGUAAGGAUGGAAUUGACGUCCGCAACUUGUUCUACGCAAAUAUUGGUAACCAGACAAUAAUCUACAUAAACCAAUCUCAGUCCUUUCUUUCACUAGAUAGCUUCAUCUUCAGGUAUCGGUAUGCAGAAGACGGGGACGGCUCUAAUUUCACUACUCAGCUAUUUCUAUGUUCACAAGAUAAUGACUUUAGCUUAUCUUGUCCGUUCAUACUCGACGACUUGAAGAAUUACAUUAUACUAAAUAAUACUUUAAAACACAUUGAGUCGGAAAGUAUUUACGGAUCUGACAACUACGAGUUGAUUGACAACAAAACUGUUAAGAUUUGUUCCACAUUUAGUCAGUCGGGAACUGUGGCCACUGUUAAUUAUUUUGUGAAGUACGACGCUGUCCAAACUAUAUUAAGCUAUGUUGGAUGCAUACUAUCUCUUGUCAGUCUCGCUUUAACUCUUCUUGUCUAUUGCUUAUUGCCAUCUCUUAGAACGUUGCCAGGAAAGGCAGUCAUGAGUGUUACCAUUUCAUUAUUCUGUGCCCAAUUUCUUCUCAACUUUGGAGCUGGCCAAACUAACAUUACUGAACUAUGUAAGGUAAUCGCAAUUGCAAUGCAUUUCUUUUGGUUGGCUUCAUUCUUUUGGAUGAGCGUUUUAGCUUAUGACGUGAGCAAGACGUUUAACAAGAAAACUUAUGAUCGAAGUAAAGGCAAAAGAUGGAAAACGUUUGUAAAGUACUCUAUUGUCGCAUGGGGUUUACCGUUUGUUAUAGUCGCAGUAUGUGUGACGUUGUCGAUGAGGGUGACAAGUCUUCACUUCGAGUAUGGAUCGACGUCUAUCUGUUGGAUCAGUGAUGCCAUAAUCAGCCUGAUUAUUUUUGGUGGUCCAGUGAUCCUGAUACUUUUAGUGAAUAUUGUGUUCUUCGGAUUAACAGUGCACGGUGUUCGAGAUACGAUGAAGACCGCUAGCAUUAUACAAGGUUCAAAGUCGUCAUCAUCAAAAAUGUCGGAAUUAAAGAUAUACUUCAAGUACUCGAAGGAAUUAAAAGUACUGGGUGAGAGUGAUGGACUUCCAGGGCUAUCGUCAGAUGCUAGGAUGAAUGUCAAUGGUGAAAGCCAAAAAGAAGCCACUGAAAUAAAGAUAGAAGUUCGAAUGCCAAACAGAAGACUAUGA